GAAGCAAGCACACUGGAGACUUCCGCCACCGCACUGAGCCUUUCAUUUUCGAAUGGGCCGCGGAGCAGACCUCACAAAGGAGGAAUAUUGGUGGGUCAUCGGACUACGCGACGGUGGGGUGUCGUUACGAGAGAAUUCAAGGACAACAGAAUGCUCACGACCAGCAGCCCGGCGCGCAAUUAAGGCAGAGCGAAGGUCGCUGAUCGACGACUGUGGCGAGCCGCGGACGGCAGAAAGACGACCCGUGCUGUUGGAUCGAGACGUGCGGCAGCUUGUCCGUGCAGCUGCAACGGGCGACUACUUCGCGGCUGAGCUCAAGACCAAGUUCAGCGUGAAGGCCUCGAUGCGCACCGUCCAGCGACUGCUGAAGAACGUAGACCACCUCGUCAGCACCAAGAUGGACAGGAUCCCCCUCCCCCCAACGAAUCCACAGCUGUGUGCGCUCGAUUGCUACUUCUCCUCAGUGUGGCCCGGCUCUACAUUCGAGCGCUGGCAAGUGUAUCAUAUUCCACGUGGAUUCGCCACUACCAAUAAUCAAGCCAAGCAAUUUAACCGCGCCAUCAAGCGGGAAUACACCCUCAGGGCACGCGUGGAAAUGGGUACACUCAUCGAUCAGCUUCACUUGUGCGUGCGGACGGAAGAGGUCCGAAGCAAGCCGUUUGCUACUACUUAUUCGGCAUUGUCUGAACACGCUUCGCCGUGCUGGGGAGAUGGGGAACUCUGGUAUCAUUCGGGAGGUACCCCCCCCCCCCUCCCAUGAAACACUCCAUCAGCUUCUUAACUGGCGCGAUUACUGCACCAGCCUCUGCGGAUAUCGUCUACAUAGUGUCAGAUCCGCUGAAGCGCGUAUACGAUCCGCAGGACAGGCUGACAAGAAGGCACUUCCGGUAACUGCAUGUAUUCGCGCACAGAACGUAAGGGUGGAGACUGCUGGUAUACCUGGUACUGACUGGAAGGUCGAUGUUGAAAACAAGAAAUGGCUGCCGCAUAUUCCUCAAGACUGUACGCUGCAUCCACCUUGUCUACGUCCUGCCGCCCGGGGCAGGUUCGUCCUCUUUGGUCGUGCACGACUUGUAUACAGCGGCAGGGAUAAAGAACGUCGCCUCUUGAGCGGGCGGUAAGGUCCGAAAGACCUGUUAGCAAUUUAAGAGCACUCCUAUCAGACUCGAGAAACAAAGAAGUAGUGCAAUCAUUCAUCCACUCUUAUCGCUA